UAUAAAAUGGAAAUUUUCUAAAAUAUGGCAAAAAAGAAACAUUCCGGUGGGGAAUAUGCCUUCGUUUUGGGGGAUAAUUUGGCACAAACUUCGUACUGAAGAUAUUAUGCUAAAGUAUAUGACAAAUAAAAAUAAAAUGUUUGGUCUGACACAAUGGCCCUGGAAUAUAGUCAUAUGUAUCGACCCAGACAUCAUUGCACAAGUAUUUAGCAAACAGUUCACAAGUUUCACAAAUAGACGGACAUUUCAGAUGGGAGGCGAUCCUAUUGGAGAUAAUAUGCUUAAUAAUACAAGAGAUGACCACUGGAAACGACUCCGAGCUGUAGUGUCGCCUACUUUCACGUCGGGAAAGUUACGUAAAAUGCGUCCACUAAUUGACGAUUGUUUGCAUACAUUAGUCACAAAUUUGGACAAAUUAUCAAAAGAAUCGGAUGAAGGAGUGGUAGACAUGAAGAAAGUGUUCGGUGCCUUCACUAUGGAAGUCAUAAUACAAGUGGCUUUUGGUACAAAAGUAGACGCACUUAUCGAUGAUAACAAUCCAAUCAUUAGUAAUGCAAAGAAAAUAGUAUCAAAAGACUUUACAUUACUUCAAUUGCCACGAAUUAUGUUAAUAUUGAUAUUUCCAAAAGUUGCCAACAUUUUUGGUUUAUCAUUAUUUCCCAGAGAAAUGAGUGAUUUCUUUGUUAAACUAAUCCACAAAAUAAUAACUGAACGAAGAAAUAAUCCAAGUGUUAAAAGAUAUGAUUUUUUGCAACUCUUAUUGGAUGCAAACGAAGGCAAAGACAACGAUUUGAACGAAGAAACUGAAGUCAAUGAAGAUAAUGAAAGUUAUAUUCAAACUCACAAUAAAACCAUUAGUGAAGAUGAGAUGAUCGCUCAAUGCGUACUGUUUUUCUUCGCCGGUUACGAGACAACGACCACAACCUUAUCAUUUGCGUCCCAUUUGUUGGCAGAAAAUCCCGAUUCACAGCAAAAAGUCUAUAACGAAGCGCUCAGUGUUUUUGGGUCAGAGAGUAUAAUAGAUUUUGAAGCAAUUGAAAGACUUGAAUACCUGAAUGCAGUCAUUUCAGAAACCUUAAGACUUUAUCCGCCGGCCAUUAGAGUGGAAAGACAGGCAUCACGUGAUCUUACAUUAGGUGAUAAAAAUCAGUUUAAGAUAUUCAAAGGUGAUGUGAUUCAGGUGCCGGUAUAUGGUAUGCAUAGAAGCGCUCAAUUCUUUACUGAUCCACAAGUGUUCAAACCGGACAGAUUUUUGGCCAACAAUCAGACACAUCAUCCAUAUUCAUACCUCCCAUUCGGUGCCGGACCGCGUAAUUGUGUGGCCAAACGGUUGGCACUAAUGGAGACAAAAAUGGCAUUACUUUAUACUGUUUACAAUUAUAAGUUAGAAAUAUGCAACAAAACUGCUUGUCCGCCUGAAUGUUACUAUCAGUUGGGUUUAAUUGUACCGAAAGCUGUUAACCUAAAACUUGAAAAAAGUUUAAUAAUGUUUGAAAUUAAUAUUGUUCAAGAUUAUUAUGUAAUACUUUUUGUUAUUGCUGUAUUAACUUUUAUUUUUACAUUUAAAUAUAAAUCAAAUUGCAAUUAUAAGAAUCAAUGGGCAAAAAGAGGUAUAACUAUAGGAAAACUUCCCUCAUUUUGGGGUAUGAUUUGGUAUAAACGUCGCGCUGAAGAUAUUAUGAUAGAGUUUAUGAAAAACAAUGAAAAUAUAUUUGGUUUCAAACAGUUUGGUUGGAAUACCAUUAUGUGCUCCAAUCCGGACAUUAUUGGACAAGUGUUUAGCAAAGAGUUUACAAGUUUUACUAAUAGGCGGAGCUUUCAAACGGGAGGCGAUCCCAUAAUGGAUAAUAUGCUACAAAAUACAAGGGAUGACCACUGGAAACGACUCCGAGCUGUAGUCUCGCCUACUUUCUCGUCGGGAAAGUUACGUAAAAUGCGUCCACUAAUUGACGAUUGUUUGCAUACAUUAGUCACAAAUUUGGACAAAUUAUCAAAAGAAUCGGAUGAAGGAGUGGUAGACAUGAAGAAAGUGUUCGGUGCCUUCACUAUGGAAGUCAUAAUACAAGUGGCUUUUGGUACAAAAGUAGACGCACUUAUCGAUGAUAACAAUCCAAUCAUUAGUAAUGCUAAGAAAAUAAUAUCAAAAGACGUAUCUAUAUUACAAUUACCGAAAUUUAUGCUAAUAAUGACAUUUCCAAAGAUAGCAAAACUGUUGGGAUUAACACUAAUUCCCAACGAUUUAAGUGAUUUCUUUAGUAAACUAACCCAUAAAAUAAUAACUGAGAGAAGAAAUAAUCCAAGUGUUAAAAGAUACGACUUUUUACAGCUUCUGUUAGACGCCAAUGAAAAUGUGGAAAAUGUGGAAACAAAUUGCGAUAACAUUGAAGAAAAAGAAAGAUUUGUAUCAACACAUCAAAAAACCAUUAGUGACGAUGAAAUGAUAGCUCAAUGCGUAUUGUUUUUCUUCGCCGGUUUUGACACAACGGCUACAACCAUAUCAUUUGCCACAUAUUUAUUGGCAGAAAAUCCUGAAUCGCAAGAAAAACUAUUUCGGGAAUCGUUAAGUGUGUUCGAGACUAAAGAAAUUAUUGAUUUCGAUGCAAUUGAAAGACUUGAAUACCUGAAUGCAGUUAUUUCUGAAACCUUAAGACUUUAUCCGCCGGCUAUUGCUGUGGAAAGAAUGGCAUCGCGUGAUGUCGUAGUUGGCAAUGAAAAUAAGUUUCACAUAUUUAAAGGUGAUGUACUUCAGGUGCCGGUGUAUGGUAUGCAUAGAAGUGACCAGCAUUUUGAAGAUCCCGAAACGUUUAAACCGGACAGGUUUUUAACAGACAAUCAGACACAUCAUCCAUAUUCAUACCUUCCGUUCGGUGCCGGACCGCGUAACUGUGUGGCCAAACGAUUGGCACUAAUGGAGGUCAAGUUUGCAUUACUUUAUACGGUCUAUAACUAUAAGUUGGAUAUAAGUGAUAAAACUGCGCGACCACCGGAACUAUAUUAUCAAUUGGGAAUAAUUAUACCAAAAGCUGUUAACUUGAAAAUUAUUAAACGUUAUCAUUGAAUACAAAUUCAUUUAAUAUAUACAGUACUCUAUAAUAUUUU